AUGUCUUCGUCAGCGACUGUGGCCACAGAGGAGCCGAAGACAAAGCCGUGUUGUAAGUCAAUGGCCCACAAGAAGCUCAUCAAAUGCAGUGAAGUAUUGACUCAAUUACCACUUUAUGGCAAUCCUUACCCGCCGUGCGAUCACGUGAUAACUGAAGAGUUGGGUUACAUUGAGAGUGGCGUCAGAGCCGUGCGACAAGAGAUGAGUCCAUACGUGGAUGCGGUCGUCAAUGGCAGUCAAAGAGUGGGACAGAUAUUGAACACAUCGUAUGAACACUCAAAAUCCACCUAUGAGUACAUAAGCUCUGAGGGAAACACUGUCGCCAAAGCGGCGUUCAUUACCGGCGGAGGACUUCUCGGACUUCUGAUAUCCGCCCGGAAAGGCUUCUUCAGGAAACUGUUUUACACGAGCGCUGGUCUGACCGCCGCGUCGGCCGCUUGUUAUCCACUGGAGGCCAAAGAGUUGUCACAAAUUGGCUUUUUUAUCGUCAAAACUAAAGGUCCAGAGAUGAUCAAAGAAUACACGGGCGUAGACCUGACCCGCAGGAAGGGCUCUAAGGAGAGCGCACCUCAAACUGAGUCCAAAAGCAUCGACACUAUUGGACAGGAAUCCAAUAAGACCACAAGUGAUGUGUCAAACAAGAAGUCCGAAGUGAAGGGAGACUUCGGAAUGGGUCGCAAAGAAGACCAAGACUUGUAUGCAAACAGGAGUUCAAAAUGAAAGCAUUUAUUUUGAGCUUAUAUUUAAUUAGUUAACAAAUAAUAGUUUCUACAAUCUAUACAAUAGUUAUGUUAAUUGAAUGACAAAUAAAUACAAAUUAAUUGAUUUAUGAGCAAAAUCUAAUAGUUGUAACAAUUUAAAAAUAGAGCAAACAUUGGGC